GGAUCGAGCCGGAUCGGCCGGUGGCUGGCCGAAACCAGGCUGGGACAAAGGCCGAAGCUCGUUGCAGGCCGUCGUUCGCUGCAUCUUGCCUCCUGCGUCCUGCAUCUCUGCCGCCCCUCCGCCAUGUCCGAGUGCAGCUGGACAUCCACGGUCCAUAUUUCCGGCGUCGUUUUGGCCGCCCUACAGUAUGAAAUGCUCAAUGCCUCGCCCAUGCCGUUUUCUGGCGAUGUCGAGGGGCUGCUGCUUGGCCAAGUCCAGAACGUCUAUCGAUCCGUCGUCACCGACGCCACAAUGGAUGCGUCCAACUACGAAACACAGAUAACAAUAUGCUCGUUCGUCACCAUCAAUCCGUUCAUCCAGCGAUUCUAUGGACCAAACGGGCAGGUUGACCUGGCAUUCAUCGAGGAGCUGCUGGAGACCCGAAAGGAGUCCAUCAUCGGAUUCUUCCGCUGUCGGCGAAACUCCAAGCACUCGGUAUCUGUUCGCGAACGAGCCAUCUAUGAAAGCCUCCAACAGGCCAGGUUCAGCUACCACAACCAGAGCAAUGUGUCCAACCAAAUCUUUGCGCUCCUGACGAACACUGUGCUGGACUCGGGCGUCCAAAACAUCGAUUUUACAUGCUAUACCAAGUCCUCGUCGAAGCCAAGCGGUCCAUUUGAGAAGAUCCCGAGCAAGAUCCUCAAUAUGGUCGAGAGCUCAGACCAGCGCUAUCGGGAGUGUCUGUCGGCUCUCCCAGGCUACGGCAGCUCCCUCGAAGAGCGAUCGUACAACGAAUUGAAGCAGCAGUCUCAAGAAUCGAUCGGAAUAUACCGCAAAGUUGUCGAAACAGAAUUCAAAGACCUCCAGCGACUGAAUGCGACGCUGGCUGAGAGCGAGCAGCAGUUGAUUGACGCUUGGAAGUCCAUGAGUGUGAAGCCACCAACGCCUCCGCGCGAUACGCCAUCAUCUCGUCAACUGCCGUUGGCUUUGUCGCCCACGCCGGAUUCCGUUUCGGCUUCUCGAGCCCGCAUUCCUGAGCGGUCUGCCUCUGUUGGGGCACUGGAAAAAGAAAAAACCGAGGAGGAUCUCUUGGAUAAGCUGGACUAGACCCCGAAUCCAGCACCACUUCACCGGGCAUCCGACUGUGUUGCCAACCCAUGACCGCCACAUGAACCCCGGCUGCUCGAGACUGUGGGAUCGUGGCGGCACCGACCAAAGUAUCUCUUGGAGCAUGGCACACCCGAAACACGCUGUUGUUAUGUAGCCAUCAACUUCUCGAAGGCGUGCAGAGUCGACUACAGCGGACUAAUCUGUAGCUGUUGACUGACUUGCUAUCGCCAUCGCUGUUGUACUCCGUCGUCUUCGGAAGCUUCAUCCUGGACACUACGCCCGUGGCAUGAUGCCCACCAGCCAAUCUUCAUAAAUAAUGGUGCCACGAUGCUGGAGUGGUGCCAAACCACAUCCACUGGCUUUGGCGGUGCUGCCGAAAUCGCUUCUAAUAGCGAGUAGACCUC